AUGGCCUCAUUUAGCGAGCCGUCAAAGGUGGCGGAGGAGAAGAAAGAAACGGUGGUGGCGGCAAAAACUCGUAUUGAUUACUACUUUAGUUUGGGUGAUUUGGUUUUAAGAUUUUUGGUGUUUGCUUCGGCAGUGGUGGCAGUUGUGGUUAUGGUCACUAGCCACCAAACACUUUAUUCUGUGCCUGCUAAAUUCAAUCACUCACCGGCUUUCAUAUACUUUGUUGCAGCACUCAGAGUUGCAGGCUUGUAUAGCAUUAUUACCACCCUCUUCUCCUUCUAUGCUCUCCUCAAACCAGGCUGCUGCCCAAAACUGCUGUCCCAUCUCGUCAUAUUCGAUGAUCUACUGUUGGGAUUUGGGGCUGCUGCAACGGGAUCAGCGGGGGCAGUGGCUUAUAUAGGUCUACAGGGGAACACACAUGUUGGUUGGAAAAAGAUUUGCAACAUUUACGAUGAGUUUUGCAAGCACGUUGGAGCAUCGGUUUUCGUCUCCUUGUUCGCCUCAAUCGUCCUGGUUUUCUUGAUUUUGCUCUCUGUUUAUGCCCUCUUCCAGAAAAUCCCAAAAUAG